AUGAAAGCUGCCUCAGAUUUGACUCGAAUAUUGAGCUACAAGAAAUCAGAACUGUUAAGUAAGCCUUUUCUCUUCAGUGAUUAUGACUUCUACCCAGCGUGGAAAGCAAUUAAACCCGUCCUUGAGAAUCCCUAUUUCAAGAGAAGUUGGAUUGUACAAGAACUCGUCUUAGCAAGGAAAACACGAUUUCUCAUCGGCGGCCAUGAAUUACCUCAUUUAAUGGAAGCUGUUGGGGCUUUGAGUAAUCAGCCUCGUUGCGAAGGCAUCAUAAAUCAGAUGUACCUCACGUCUCCUGAGAUACUGCCACGGCUUAACUCUCUGUGGUUGAAAAUGUUAAGCAAUGAAAGUGCCACCUACAGUCGCUAUCGCAAGAGUUUGUCGCCCAAACCUAGGGAAGAAAACCCCGGGUACUUCAAUCCAAUCCUCCCUCGCAGACUAUCAGAAACCCCGACAGAGGCAAGAAAGAAACUACAGGCAAGGGAAAAAGCGCGUGCUGGGUCCAACGCAUCUCGAAGUCGCGCUUGGGGUAUCUUCUUCCGAUCCAUGUACCCACUUGAAGAUGUCUUACUUAAUUUUCGAGGAAAGCAAGCGACUGCACCAGAUUAUCAGGUUGUGGGUCUGUACGGUUUGAUUCCGACUCUUACAGAUAAACCAUCACGGUACCCGUACCACCUUUUUCGCCAAUGGCUUGCUCCCCAACCUGUCAGGACAGAAUCAGAAUAUCACAGUAAGCAUGAGAGAGAGUUUUUCAGGGAAGCUCGUCAAAUCAUCUCCACAAAAAGAGACCUGAGUAUCCUCCAACAUCACAACGUGUACUUACCAAAUCAUUCUGUUGGUUGGCCCUCAUGGCUCCCAGACUGGUCUGCGCCCAGGCCAGGAUUUGAGGCCCCUCUAGCAACAAUCACCAACCAGGACACCUUUCCUAGUCAGCAGAAGAAGUUUAAAUUUGAAAAAGAUACACUUAUCAUCAACGGUCAUAUUCUAGGGAGAGUUGGCGAAGAAGCAAGAGUACUCACAGAGAAACAGGCCAUGGCUGAAGCGAGACAAUUUCAGGAACGAAGCGAGGACCGGGAGAUUUCAGAUCGUGAAGCCCUGCGUUUGUUUCAAACCCAGAAGAACCAUCGUUUUCUCGCCGGAUCGGUAUAUAAGGGCUCAUUCGGUCACGAAUUUUAA